CAUUCUGAUUGGCUCGCUGGGCUGAGGAGGCUGCGCCGAGGGGGCAGGGGCAGUAGCAUGGCUGACAGCGGCGAGUGGCGGCCGCCACGAGCCUGUGGUGAUUAUUGGUCUGAAUGGAAACACUGCAAGGGCAUCCAAAACCUCUUCCAUCACUACUACACGUUUGGAGAGGCUCCUUCCUGCGCUCAGUGGAAAACGGAUUACAAGGACUGCAGAGAGUGGGAGAGAAGCAAGAGUGCACAUGCUAAGGAAUCUCUCUGUAAGAGUGAAAGAGCCCGGAUUCUGGAGAAACAGAAACAUGCUCCUGUGUGGACGCUGAGGAAAGGCCCACCAGCUGAUUGGUACCUUCCACUUAAUGAAGACAAACCAAAGUAGUAAUAGUAAUGGCUGUGUUUGGCCCUUUUAUAACGGAAGACAAGAGCAGUUCAUGCAGUCUUUUCCACUGAGAGAUGCAGAAGCUACAAAACUGUAGCAUCUGAUCAAGUCAUCUCAGCUUAUUUUUGUUCCCAUUGGUCAAACACUUGACUAGUACCCAGUUAUAUUUAAUGUUUUUUAAGACAUGUCUUCCUGAGAUGUAUUUAAGAGUACAGUCAGGGUGGCAAACACCAAAGAUGCAGUAGAUCUGCGUUUUGCUCUGGUGAAAUUAUUCUUAGGUGGUGGUGUGUUUUUGUAAACGUGUUUGCUGAAAUAUUAAAAAUAAAAUUGUAAAUGGCAUCCACA